CCCUGCCGAUCAUGCGCCGGCGACCCUGGUUCGCCAGUCCCACUGGGCUGUGAGCCCCCCACUCCUGGCCUGUCACGGCCCGCGCGCCAUGGGCAGCGCCCACCCUCUCCCCUGGCUGCGGCUCCCACCAGGGCCCCAGCCGCGGCCUGAGCUCUGGGCGCUCCUCUUCUUCCUACUGCUGCUGGCUGCCGCUGUGCCCAGGUCAGCACCCAACGACAUCUUGGGCCUCCGCCUACCCCCAGAGCCUGUACUCAACGCCAACACCGUGUGCCUGACAUUGCCCGGCCUGAGCCGGCGGCAGAUGGAGGUGUGUGUGCGUCACCCUGACGUGGCCGCCUCUGCCAUCCAGGGCAUCCAGAUCGCCAUCCAUGAAUGCCAGCAUCAGUUCCGGGACCAGCGCUGGAACUGUUCCAGCCUGGAGACUCGGAACAAAGUCCCCUACGAGAGCCCCAUCUUCAGCAGAGGUUUUCGAGAGAGUGCUUUCGCCUACGCCAUAGCUGCUGCCGGGGUGGUGCAUGCAGUGUCCAACGCGUGCGCCCUGGGUAAACUGAAGGCUUGCGGUUGCGACGCCUCCAGGCGUGGGGACGAAGAGGCCUUCCGUCGGAAGCUGCACCGCUUGCAGCUGGAUGCGCUGCAGCGCGGAAAGGGCUUGAGCCACGGGGUCCCGGAACACCGUGCCAUACCCCCUGCCAGCCCAGGCCUGCAGGACUCCUGGGAGUGGGGUGGCUGCAGUCCGGAUGUGGGCUUCGGAGAACGCUUCUCUAAGGACUUUCUGGACUCCCGAGAGCCUCACAGAGACAUCCACGCACGCAUGAGACUCCACAACAACCGUGUGGGCAGGCAGGCGGUGAUGGAGAACAUGCGGCGAAAGUGCAAAUGCCACGGCACGUCAGGCAGCUGCCAGCUCAAGACCUGCUGGCAGGUGACGCCCGAGUUCCGCACAGUGGGGGCGCUGCUGCGCAACCGCUUCCACCGCGCCACGCUCAUCCGGCCGCACAACCGCAACGGUGGCCAGCUGGAGGCCGGCCCCGCGGGAGCACCCUCGCCAGCACCGGGCACUCCAGGGCUGCGCCGCAGGGCCAGCCACUCCGACCUGGUCUACUUUGAGAAAUCGCCCGACUUCUGUGAGCGCGAGCCGCGCCUGGACUCGGCCGGCACUGUGGGCCGCCUGUGCAAUAAGAGCAGCACGGGUCCCGACGGCUGCGGCAGCAUGUGCUGUGGCCGCGGCCACAACAUCCUGCGCCAGACGCGCAGCGAGCGCUGUCACUGCCGGUUCCACUGGUGCUGCUUCGUGGUCUGCGAGGAAUGCCGCAUCACCGAGUGGGUCAGCGUCUGCAAGUGAGCGGGUCCAAGCUCCUCUGGGUCUCCAUCGCGGGUCUUCUCCCGGUGCCUGGCUUCUGCCGCUAGCGAUCUGGGCCAGGCAGCAGCAGCCUUGCCUCCUGAGAGAGGUGGUGGGCUCUUACAGCCCCAGGGUCUGCAAUCACCAGACAGUCCAGAGCUGACUGACCUCCCUCUGCUCACUUCCUCGGGUUCCCCUCUUUUUGUUCCUAGUUCAGGCAGCUGGGGCUGAUAGCGGAGACUACCCCACAACCUAGGACAUGUCACCAAAGCAGCCCAGCCUGGCAGGCCUGUCUCCGGUCAUCUCUUCUCCCCUUUCCCCAGGAGUGGCAGGCCAUGUGCACUGCAGGUGAUGGGCACCGGGAAGAAAUGGGCGUCAUCAGGCUGAAGUGACUUUCUAAGGCCUCCAGCCCUACUCCUCCUCCAAAGGCUUCUGCUCCUGUCUUUCACUUAACGGAUAUUUAUUUUGUGCUCUCUGUGACACUUUCUGGGGGGGAAAGAAGCCUCCGAAGUUUACAGGCUGAUUGAGGGACAUGGACAUGGACA